AAAUGCGAAAGUGAAUCGUUUCACACGUGCAUCUUACAGUCCAGAUUGUUCCCUGAUAUCAGUUCACUGCACGCACGGGUUCGGUCAGCUUUUGUCUUCCAGACUCCAGAAGCAUCCAUCCUCACAUUCUGGUUGGUUGCACGAGUGGAAACCUCGAGAAAGCGUCGGUAACACCGCCUCCCGAGGAUAAAAGCGAGAGCGCGCGCGACGCACCGGCAGACGGAACCGAGACCGCGGAAGGUCUUUUAAUUCAAAGUCUUACUCCUGAAACCUUUAUCCAUUUUCCUUCAGCUCGGAGAAUAUCAUUAAAGGUUGAUCAUCAUGCCUGAGAAAGUUCGCAUCAACAGCGCAGAUGUGAAAUACACUGAGAAACACAUCGAGUCGCGUUACUGUUACCACACUGCAUCUGUGCGCAGAGAUGGAGACACGUUCACUGUGACGCCCUCCAGCACCGAGUUCACCUUCCGCACCGAGAGGAAGGUGCCCAGGCUGGGUGUGAUGCUGGUGGGAUGGGGUGGAAAUAACGGGACCACGGUCACAGCUGCGGUCCUGGCCAAUAAACUGGGUCUGACCUGGAAAACCAAGACCGGCCUGAAGAAAGCGAAUUACUACGGCUCUCUGCUCCAGUCGUCUACGGUGUGUCUGGGAUCCGGGCCGGAUGGAGAGGUUUACGUUCCCUUCAGAGAUCUGCUGCCGAUGGUGCAUCCCGAUGACAUCGUGUUUGAUGGCUGGGAUAUCUCGUCUCUCGACCUCGGCAGAGCCAUGGAGCCUGCUCAGGUUCUGGACUGGAGUCUGCAGGAGAAGCUCCGGCCACACAUGAGCCAGCUCAGACCCAGACCCUCCGUCUACAUCCCAGAAUUCAUAGCUGCUAACCAGGAGCACAGAGCUGACAACCUCAUCAGAGGAAGCAAAGCAGAGCAGGUGGCUCAGAUCCGCAGAGAUAUCUGUGAUUUCAGAGAGAAGAGCGGCGUGGAUAAAGUCAUCGUUCUGUGGACGGCGAACACCGAGCGAUUCUGUGACGUGAUUCCUGGAGUCAACGACACGGCCGAGAGCCUGCUCCACAGCAUUCAGACGGGACAUGAAGUGUCUCCCUCCACCAUGUUUGCGGUGGCCAGUGUUCUGGAGGGCUGCGCCUACAUUAACGGCUCGCCGCAGAACACGUUUGUCCCCGGAGCCGUGGAUCUGGCCCUCCAGCACGGCGUCUUCAUCGGCGGAGACGACUUCAAAUCUGGACAGACCAAACUCAAGUCUGUGCUGGUGGACUUCCUGAUCAGUGCUGGCAUCAAGCCAACGUCUAUAGUGAGUUAUAAUCAUCUCGGCAACAACGACGGUCUGAAUCUGUCGGCGCCGCAGCAGUUUCGCUCUAAAGAAAUCUCCAAGAGUAACGUGGUGGACGACAUGGUGCAGUCGAACCCUGUACUGUACCGACCCGGAGAGAAACCUGACCACUGCGUGGUUAUUAAAUAUGUGCCCUAUGUGGGCGACAGCAAGCGUGCGAUGGAUGAGUACACGUCUGAGAUCAUGAUGGGAGGCACAAACACCAUCGCUCUGCACAACACCUGUGAGGACUCUCUGCUGGCCAGUCCCAUUAUUCUGGAUCUGGUGAUCCUGACAGAGCUGUGUCAGAGAAUCACCUUCUGCACGCAGGACGAUCCGGUCUUCCAGGGUUUUCACAGCGUUCUGUCGCUGCUCAGCUUCCUCUGCAAAGCGCCGCUCGUGCCGCAGGGGGCGCCGGUGGUCAACGCCUUCUUCCGUCAGCGGGCGUGCAUCGAGAACGUCAUGAGAGCGUGUCUCGGCCUGCCGCCGCAGAACCACAUGCAGCUGGAGCACAAGAUGACCAGGAGCUUCAUGCACCACAUCCAUCAUCCUGUCCUCACGAACGGGAAGAUAGAGCACGUCAAAGCCUAUCAGUCUGCCAAAUACAUCCACAUUAACGGCCACGAGAAGCUGCAACACACAAUCUCAUAAAAACCCAGCUAGAUGUUUACUACUGAGUGCACUGUCUAAGCAACAGCCUUGCUUGAUUUUUGUAUUAGCACUUGAGUACUUCUACUUGUUUUUGUUCAGCGAGUAUACUGUAAUUCUGGAUGAAUAUUCAUCUAUGCAUUCAUCUUUGGCUAAGGGGUCUCUGUUGUAAGUCUAUGGACUGAAGGGAGGCAAGCCUCUGCUGUAUCUUUACCUGCAGGUGUCACUGUUGGACAGUGUUACUUUAUAAAAACAUCUCGAGUGACUUUUAUACUUUUAAUGCCAUGUUUAGUAAUAUUUGCGAUUUUUGUUUGUAAUAUUGAUUAUUUUGUUAUCCAAUUUUUUGAGGAGACUCUGCAUCUCUUGCAUCCUCAUAGGGGAACGCCCCUGAUAUAUAUAUAUGUAAUAAUUUAGAUAAAUAUGAUGCACAAUGCAAAAACAAAAAUGUUUGUAUAUAAACUGUAAUAUCGGUUUUAUAUCGGUAAUUUUUUCUAGAUUUUAGUAUUCAAAAAAUUUUUGGUAAUCAAAAAGUAUGUCUAAUUAAUUGAAAUCAUGAACCUUAUUCAGUUUAAUCAAAGAUUAAAGAUCAAAGAAAUCUGUAGAAGAUAAAUAUACAACACUGGAAGAAACAGCAAAGAUUACAGAAGCAAAAUCUUUGAGGAUAGCUUAUGUCAAAAAAUGAUCAAAAUUAGAUAAGGUUAUGCUUUAAAGAAGUGUGGACAGACAAAUAAACUUUAAAAAGUAUGUAUUUGAUGUAUUUAAUGUGGUGGCAUUAAAUAUUGCAUGCACUGCAAAAUAAUAAUAAUACAAAAAAAAAUUAUAAAAAAAGUUAUUUUCGUCUUGUUUUCCAGUACAAAUAUCUGAACAUCCUUAAAUCAAGAUACAUUUACUUGUGAAACAAAAUUACAUAAGAUAUAAGGUCUUGUAUUUUGAAAAAAAAUAGGUCAAAAUUAAGCAAGUUUAUGCAUAAAACAAAAAAAGUGUGGAUAGAAAAAUUUUCUUAAUUCAAAGGGAAAACCAGAUUAUUUUUCUGACUCCACUGAAAGAUAUUUGUUCUUGUUUUAAGCGUAAACUCACUUCAUUUGGGAGCAUUUUACAGAAAACAAGUCUUAAUAUCUUGUAAUUCAGUUAUAUUAAUAUUUUGUAAUUUUGCUUCUCAAGUAAAUGGAUUCAAAAUUUAAGAGUUUUUAGAUUAUUCUACUUGAAAAUAAGACAAAAAUACUAAGUAAUGUGUGUAUGUGUGUGUGUGUGUGUGUGUGUGUGCAUGAAUGUAAUAUAAAUAAUAGCAAAUAUAAUAAUUUUAAAAAUAGAUGUUUAUCACCAUCCAAAGACAAACAUCUUAACAUCACAUCAGAAUUAACAAAAUUCUACAAAAUUAAUUUUAAUGAUUAAAACAAGAACAGAUAUCUGAUUCAGUCUCAUAAACUCACUUUAUUUUGAUCAGUUUCUCAGAGAACAAGACUUCUUGUCAUUUUAUAUUUAAUAAAUGCCUUUGCUUCUCCAGUAAAUGUGUCUUGAUUUAAUAGUUCUUACACAUUUGUACUGAAAAACAAAACACAAACACUGAGGAAGACCAGCACUUUUUUAGGAAAUGUGUUCAUUCAUCCGAGGGGAACACAAGUCGUUACAUGCUCUCACUGGAAUCAAAGUGAAAUCAUGAUUUUAUCUCGUUUCUCGCUGAAGUCUCGGUUCAGGAAGUGUUUGUGGUAUAAACAUCUGAAAGCGCUCCGGUUCUCCUUUCAGUCCCCAGAUAUGAUGAAGCUACACACUACACAUUCACUCCUCUAUCUGUUGCAUUUGCAUUUUAAUUUGAACAAAGACCAGGAACGUGAAUCAAAUAAAGAUGUUCAUUGUUGUCUAAUUUGCAUAGACACCUGGUCCAGGUGAAUAAAUAUAGUCACAACAGAGAAACAUCUCAUCUUUACAGCUUUGCUCGUACAAUUCGGAUUGUGACAUCUUGGAAUUUUUUUUUAUUUUUAUUUUUGUGCUUGAAUUUCAGUGACCUUUACACAGAUCUCUUUAUGAGAUCACUAGAGGGGAAAUGCUGCUUUUUUUUUUUUUCAUGUUUUUCUAAAAGCAUUCAUUACAAAUGACUUUAGAAUAAUAACUCCAGCUUUUAGGUUUAAAUGUGAAUUUGAGAAUGAAUGCAUAUUUGCUGUGUCUGUGUUUUGCUUUAAUGAAGGAAAUCUGAUCAGUAUGCAUUCAAUUCAGAAAUAGAACAGAAAAUAAACAUAACAUGUGAUUUAA